AUGGUAUCCGGUAUCAAUCUCCGCCUUGAAGGUCGAUGGGCCGGCCUUUACACGUAUCCCGACGACGAUGCAAAGAGAUUCAAAACGGAUGGAGAAUCAGUUUUCACUGUGUAUGCCGACAAGGAAGAAGGCCAAACCAAAAUACAUGGCGAAGGACAGGACAAGAGUGGCCCGUUCAGCUUCAAAGGACAUGUCUCCCACGGUACAACCGUGACCUUUAUUAAGGACUACAAGACUCAUUCGUGGCACUAUUCUGGAGCCAUUGACCUGGAAACGAAUAUGAUGUACGGAAGAUGGGGAGCAAAGCAAGAAGGGGGGACUGGAUACUUUGCCUUCCACCUCGUGAAUAGACACAACACCAAUGUAUCCGCUGAAGAACGACUUCAGAGCAUUACGGGCAGCUGGUCAGGAGCCUACACGAGGAAGGGUUCAGACACCCCCCAUUCGUGCGAUUUGAAAUUGAGAGGUGCAAAGUCCCAGAUGGACGACCAGCUGACAAUCCAAGGCACUGGAAACUCACCCAACAAAUUCGAGAUUGAAGGUGUUGUAUCACCGUCCGGUCAGGUGGCUUUCGCUAAAAUCUUUAGCCACAAUAUAUACCUAUAUCGAGGGGUACUGACGGAGGACAAUACUCGCAUGACGGGUGAAUGGGCUGGCAGUGGGGUUUCUGGUGGCUUUGACUUUAGCAAGGAUGUUUGA